CGUCCACCACCGUCCAUCGCCAAACGCAUCCUCACCGCCGUCGUUCCGUCGCAUUCCGUUGCUGCUUGGCCCACAUCGCUGCAUCGAUUGGAAUCUGCUGCAUUCGCCCAUCUCGAUCACAUCGUCCCCGUGCUACGUCCGUCAUUCACCGUCAUGGCCAAGUGGCUCUUUGCCCUUCUCCGCAUCCUUGUCUUGUCGGGUUCGGCCGUCGCUGCCCGUGAGCGUCCGCUGCGAGAGGAGCCUCGAGACUCACCGCAGCCCCAACCUUCGAGCCAGAGACACGACCGCUUCUCGCUCCAGAGUGUGUAUCAUGCGGGCGUUGCCGGCCAAAGGAGCAUCUUUCGUCGCUUGGACGUCCCAUCAACACACGCUCACGACUUGAACAGUUCGGAUAUCCCCACCUUCUUGCUGUCGCAUACGCUCCGGCCUGUCCCGCAGUGGACCGACCAUGCUUCCCGGGCCAGGAUUGCUGGUCCCUUCCAUAAACGAGGUCCCCAAGACGUGCUCAAUGUCCAGUACGAGGGUCCGCUUGUCCCCAUGCUCUCUGGGUCGGCAAAGGUCAUGGCCCGGCCGAUGCCUGUGCCCGACCACACCGACCCCGACACCAUCUUGACUCUGGGGCAGAUGGCCGAGAAUGCCUAUCGCCGACGUGACGACGACCGCUGGAUCGACAUUGAUGGAUGGGAGCCUAACGAUAGCUUUGGCUGGGAAGAGGACGGCCUCCGCGGCCACGUCUUUCUCAACGACGACGCCAGCAUCAUCGUCAUUUCGUUCAAGGGCACAUCAGCAAAUGUGUUUGGCAUCGGCGGCGGCCCGACAAGCUCCAACGACAAGUACAACGACAACAUCAUGUUCAGCUGCUGCUGUGCCAAAGUGACGCCGACAUGGCACCCUGUCUGCGAAUGCGCCCAUUUUUCGUCGCACACAUGCAGCACCACUUGUCUCGACGUCACGAUUCGAUACUCCGAGUCGUACUAUCGGUUCGCCCAGCUUAUCUACGAAGAAGUAUGGCUGCGUCAUCCCCGGGCCGCAAUCUGGUUUACGGGCCACUCGCUCGGCGGCUCGCUGGCGUCCCUCAUGGGCAUAACCUACAAUCUUCCUGCGAUUCCGUUCCAAGCCCCGGGCGAGAGACUGUAUGCCUCGCGUCUGGGACUGCUUCCGACACAUGGCGUGGAGGACUUUAUUGCCAGCUUGCCGAUCUAUCACAUCGGGAACAACGGUGACCCGGUGUUCUUGGGUCGCUGCAACGGACCGGCGAGCAGCUGCUACUAUGGUGGGUAUGCGAUGGAAAGCAAGUGUCAUCUCGGACGCGAGUGCAUCUACGACAUUGGCGACGCUUUCCUGAAGGUCGAUCCAAGCAGUCUCGAUGACCAAGAUCGUGCCUGGUAUGAAGAGACUCGCGGCGAAUGGCUCCGCAGCGCUGUGCGCCCUCCCGAACACAAGCUUGACAUUCGAUAUCAUAAGAUGCAAUUGAUUAUGAAGCUGUUUCUCGACAAGCGUUUCCCGGUCCCCGAGUGCGAGUUUGAGCCGGAUUGCGCUGAUUGUGAGAACUGGACUAUGGUCGAUUGAGCAUAGUGGAUGAACAGUCCGGCCCGACAAGUCCUGCUCGACAAGUCCUGCUCGGCCCGGCGAGUGGCAGGGUGCUGGCCUGUGCGUGCCUUUGCCCUUUGCCCUUUGCCCUUUGCCGAGCGAUAGCACGAUCCCACAAGAGAUCGACCGGACGAAGGGCUUGGGGCCAGUCGAGGGCUAUCUCUGUCCAAGAAUUGUCUUGGACCACCGCAUGAACAAGUCGCUUGUAUGGCCGAAGCCUAUGGACUGCAUCCACUCUCGCCUCCAUAUGCUCAUAAAGCGGCACUGCUGAUUUCUAUGUAUUA